AAAUGGAGAGCACUUUUAUGUGUCAACCUUCAACAUAUUCAGUUUCCUUUCAACUUCCGAGCUAAAUUGUUUCGUUUCAUUUUUUAAAAAUUUUCAUUUUAUUUUUUUGUAAACGUGGCAAUGGCGGUACGGAUCCUUAGUGUUUUGCGGUUGGCCGAGCUCUUCCCCAACCGAUUUGGUGGUCUCCACCGUUCGCUGAAUCCUGUGAAUCCUGCUAUUCCUGUUUGUGGCAUGAGCAGCAAGAAGGGUAAAAAAGAUGGCUGCGAAAAAGCAAAAAAAUCCUGCGGUAGCAACCAGUUUUUUGGUGGCUGCUUUAAAAAGGAGGAGCCGUACAGAAGAGACGAAAAGAAGGAGAAGGGCAAGCGCUGCAAGGAUCCUUGCAAGGAUGGUCCCUGCCGACCCGGAAAAUAACAAAUUCUAAGCAACACUCGAACUCCACUCCAGCUUAUAAUUGCCAAGGUUCAUAGGUCGUCAUUGCAUGUUCUAAAAUACGCUAAAUUAAGUCAAAAUUCCGUGCUCAAUACAACAAAAAAUAUAAUGCCAAGCAUCAGAAAUACUUAA